UACGAUCCAGAGCACUUGCAUCAUUGCCCCCUUCAUCCUUUCAUCUCCCUGUUUCUUUCAACACCCCUGUAAGUCCUGGAUCCCAUUAAGUUCCAAAUAGCCAGGGUACCAGUUUAAGGGGGCCCUGGGGAGCCACAAUUAGUGAGAGUUCACCUGCUCCAUAAUAUAUUAUUAACCUUUCAAAAUCACUUCAAAUAAAUACAAAGUUCAUUAGCAGCAGCUUAAAGACAUUUCCCCAAACUUCCCCUUUUAUUCCUUGGGGAGCUGCGGAAAGCUGCCGGCCAAGGGCAGGCUGGGAUAUUGGGCUGCACUCGUGCCCCCUCUGGCGGUCACGCGAGACCCUUGCGUGCCAGGGGACACGCCGCACCGCCCCCCGCACGGGGAGCCAAUGGGAGCCCGGGGCCCCGCCCCCGGGCCGUAGCCUCCCGGAGAGUAUUUAGAAACCGGCCAGAAAAUCUCUCGGAGAGAGCUAGGGACGCCGAAGGGAGUGCUGAGUGAGGCGCGACCCCACCUUACAACCUGGGAACGGGAGACAAGGAGCGGUCGGCCGUGCGGGGCUGAGCGCGCAUCGUGCCUCCUCGGCCGUGAGCCAUCCGGUGCCACGCACAUCGAACCAGCACAGAAGUGGGUGAGUCCUGCAGCUGUGACCUGCACAAAGCUGCCCUGUCCCAACCCUGGUGGCCGCCGCCAUGGCCUGGCUGGUGCUGCUGGGCGCACUGCUGUGCAUGCUGCGCGUCGGAUUAGGUACCCCGGACUCUGAGAGCUUUCUGCCUCCUGCGCCCCACAACUGCCCCUACAAAUGCGUCUGUGCUGCCGACCUGCUGAGCUGUGCAGGCCUUGGGUUGCAGGACGUGCCGGCCGUGUUACCUGCCGCUGCUGCGGACCUCGACCUGAGCCACAACGCACUCCAGAGCCUGCGCCCCGGCUGGUUGGCACCCCUCUCCCGGCUGCGCAACCUGCGCCUAGGCCACAACGAGCUGGCUGCAUUGGGUCACGGCGUCUUCACCAAUGCCAGCGGCUUGAGGCUGCUUGAUUUGUCAUCUAAUGCAUUGCGGGCGCUUGGCCGCCAUGACCUCGACGGACUGGGGGCGCUGGAGACGCUGCUUCUGUUCAAUAACCGCUUGGCGCACUUGGAUGAGCAUGCCUUCCACGGCGUGAGCACGCUCAGUUGCCUCUAUCUGGGCUACAACGAACUCGCCUCCUUCUCUUUCGACCACCUGCACGGUCUGGGCGUGACCCAUCUGCAUACUCUGGACCUCUCCUUCAACCGGCUGGGACGCAUCUCCGUACCUCAACUGGCCGCACUACCGGCCUUCCUCAAGAACGGCCUCUACUUGCACAACAACCCAUUACCCUGCGACUGCCGCCUCUAUCACCUGCUGCAGCGCUGGCACCAGCGCGGCUUAAGCGCGGUGCGCGACUUUGCGCGCGAGUACAUGUGCCUGGCCUUCAAGGUGUCCGCGUCCCGCGUGCGCUUUUUCGAGCACAGCCGAGUCUUCGAGAACUGCUCGGCUGCCCCAGCUCGUGGCCUAGAGCGGCCCGAGGAGCAGCUGCACUUGCAGGUGGGGCGGUCCCUGAGGCUACACUGCAACACCAGCGUCCCAGCAGUGCAUACUGUCUGGGUUUCGCCGCAGCAUGAGCUUAUCGUGGCGCCGGGAUCCCGCGACGGCAGCAUCGUGGUGCUGGCAGACGGCAGCUUGGCCAUAGACAACGUGCAGGAACGGCAUGCCGGCGUUUUCGUGUGCCUGGCAACCGGGCCCCGGCUGCACCACAACCAGACGCACGAGUACAACGUGAGCGUGCACUUUCCGCGCCAGGAGCCCGAGGCUUUCAACACAGGCUUCACCACAUUGCUGGGUUGUGCUGUGGGCCUGGUGCUCGUCCUGCUUUACCUGUUUGCACCGCCCUGCCGCGGCUGCUGCCGCCGGCCCCGAGCACCCAGCCCGCUCCAGGAACUGAGCGCACAGUCCUCGGUGUUCAGCCCCACACCGCCAGACGCACUCAGCCGCAAGGCCAGUGUUCACAAGCACGUGGUCUUUCUGGAGCCGGGCAGGAGGGGCCUCAAUGGCCGUGUGCAGCUGGCAGUAGCUGAGGACUUCGACCUCUGCAACCCGGUGGGCCUACGACUCAAGGCUGGCUCAGAGUCUGCUAGCUCCACAGGCUCUGAGGGUCUCAUGAUGACCUAGGCUGCCCACGGCCCCCACCCAAGCCACCACUCUCCUGCUGCUUGCCCUGCUCCCUGCUGUGGUACAGAGAACUGCCAGAUGCUUAAACACUGUGCCUGGUCCCCCACCCUCAUGUGGGGGCCUUGACUUGAACCAAAAGGCCAUACAUGGGGUUGGAGAGCCCCAAUUGCCUCCUGCUCUGCCCAGCACAGUACCCAAAGGCCUCAGGUCCUGACAGGGCCCGCUAGUGCCCACAUGCCCCCAUGAGGAUUGGGGACUGAGACCCAUCUGGAAGAACCCUUGCUUUAGAGCCCCAGGUUCACCUUCAGGGGCCGAGGCAACUGUCAAGGAGUGGUUCUGAAGAGUUGAAACAUAACCACCUUCCCCUUCCCUAGGGGCCAGGGAGGGAGGGAGAAGGCCCACAGGGGAAGAGGAGGAGGGCUCUGAAGGAAGACCUAGCCCCACCCCCAGGAUGGAAGGAGAAAACAAGCCCUCCCUCUGGUGAAAUAGGACUCCGCCCCAUCCAUCAACAUCCAACCUACUGUAAGCUUCACAACUUCAUGCAGAGGCUGGUGGGCAGGUAUUAGGCAGGCAAGGCUCCUCCAGAGACCACCUGAGGGCCUGGCCUGAGCCACAGCCAGAGUGACCUUGCUAUCUCUGGCCAGGGGCAUCCAGAGGUCACUCUGAAGGCAGAGCUCAUUCCAUGGGCUCAAGAGACAGCAGUGAGGGGCCUAUGCCCUCCACUUUUCAGCAGUAAAAAGCCUCAUGAACAUGGCCAACCUGGGAGGGCCAAGCCGGAACUCAGUGUCCCCUGAGAGUAGAAGCCUCUUAAGGGCUGGCACUGGUUUCAGCCUAAUGGAUGAGACAGUGCCCUGGUUUCAUAUGCAUCUCACAACUCCUGCUUCAGAGAGGCGGGGGAGGGGGGUUUGGGAACCCCAUAUGUGGGGGCUGAGCUGGGUCCUGGACCCAGCCGUUAUGGAGUUUCUUAAU